UGGCGUGCUGAGGGGGACGGUGGCCUUCACUGCCCCACCCACUUACCUUGUCAUUGGUCCGCGGCUCCCCUCAUGGCCACGCCCCCAUUCCUGCCCCCUGGCUGGGAGGGCAGGCACACGUUCGUGAUUGGCUGCCCUGCCUGCCUCUCGCGGGAGCCGCUGGCGCUUCCCCCUCCCUUCUCCCCCUCCCUCGAGUGUCCAGGUUCCUCAGCUAGCCCAGGCCGAGUCAGUGUCAGUCAGGGAGCCGGACUGCCGAACGGUGUGUGCGGACGCUCCGCUGCAAUCUCGCCCAGGGACCGGUGCCUGCGCUCGCGCCGCCGGGUGGGAAGGAUGAAGCCGCAGCUGGAGCAGCCACCCUAUGAUUGGCUGUGGCGCUUGUGAACCCGAAGUAAAGAUGGCGGGCGGGCAGGCAGCCGCCGCACUGCCCACUUGGAAGAUGGCGGCGCGCCGCAGCCUCAGCGCCCGCGGCCGGGGGGUCCUGCAGGCGGCGGCCGGGCGGCUGCUGCCGCUGCUACUGCUGAGCUGCUGCUGCGGCGCGGGCGGCUGCGCAGCAGCGGGCGAGAACGAGGAGACGGUGAUCAUCGGCUUGCGGCUGGAGGACACGAACGACGUGUCGUUCAUGGAAGGGGGGGCGCUGCGAGUGAGCGAGCGGACCCGGGUCAAGCUGCGGGUGUACGGGCAGAACAUCAACAACGAGACGUGGUCCCGCAUCGCCUUCACCGAGCACGAGCGGCGGCGCCACAGCCCGGGCGAGCGCGGGCUGGGGGGUCCCGCGCCGCCAGAGCCGGACAGCGGCCCCCAGCGCUGCGGCAUCCGCACCUCAGAUAUCAUCAUCUUGCCCCACAUCAUUCUCAACCGCCGUACAUCGGGCAUCAUUGAGAUCGAGAUCAAACCGCUGCGCAAGAUGGAGAAGAGCAAGUCCUAUUACCUGUGCACAUCGCUCUCCACGCCAGCCCUGGGCGCCGGCGGCCCGGGGUCCGCAAGUGGCGCCGUCGGGGCCAAGGGCGGCUCCGGGGUGGCCGGGCUCCCGCCGCCCCCGUGGGCCGAGACCACCUGGAUUUAUCACGACGGCGAGGACACCAAGAUGAUAGUGGGCGAGGAGAAGAAGUUUCUGCUGCCCUUCUGGCUGCAGGUGAUCUUCAUUUCGCUGCUCCUGUGCUUGUCGGGCAUGUUCAGCGGCCUCAACCUGGGGCUGAUGGCCCUGGACCCGAUGGAGCUGCGCAUCGUGCAGAACUGCGGCACCGAGAAGGAGAAGAAUUACGCCAAGCGCAUCGAGCCCGUGCGCAGGCAGGGCAACUACCUGCUGUGCUCACUGCUGCUGGGCAACGUGCUGGUCAACACCACGCUCACGAUCCUGCUCGACGACAUCGCCGGCUCCGGCCUCGUGGCGGUGGUGGUCUCCACCAUCGGCAUCGUCAUCUUCGGGGAAAUCGUGCCCCAGGCCAUCUGCUCCCGGCACGGCCUGGCUGUAGGGGCCAACACCAUCUUCCUCACCAAGUUUUUCAUGAUGAUGACCUUCCCCGCUUCUUACCCGGUUAGCAAGCUGCUGGACUGCGUCCUGGGCCAGGAGAUAGGUACUGUCUAUAACCGGGAAAAACUGCUGGAGAUGCUCCGGGUCACCGACCCCUACAACGACCUCGUUAAGGAGGAGCUGAACAUCAUCCAAGGGGCGCUGGAGCUCCGCACCAAGACAGUGGAGGACGUGAUGACUCCGCUCCGGGACUGCUUCAUGAUCACCGGCGAAGCCAUUCUGGACUUCAACACCAUGUCGGAGAUCAUGGAGAGCGGCUACACUCGUAUUCCAGUGUUUGAGGGGGAGCGCUCCAACAUCGUGGACCUCCUCUUUGUCAAAGACUUGGCCUUCGUGGAUCCAGAUGACUGUACUCCCCUGAAAACCAUCACUAAAUUUUAUAACCACCCCUUGCACUUUGUUUUCAAUGACACCAAGUUGGACGCUAUGCUGGAAGAAUUUAAGAAAGGUCAGUGAACUACUUAUGCUAAAGCCGUGGCAAGGUGUCAGGAUGAGCAGGGGAACCUUCCAUUAUCUUUUCAGCCAUUCUGGACAGUUCCUGAAGAAAAGUACUCAUUCAGUGAGUAACUUUGGUCUCUUCUAAACACUUCGCUGUGACCUUCCUUCUUUUCAUCACUCCCCACCCACUCCUUUUUAAAUUUAUUUAUUUAUGUAUUUAUUUAGUGAGACUUGAGCAAAUAAAACAUGAUUUUUAUUUAGGCUUACCUGGUAUGUUAGGGAAGAAAAAAAAUACCUUAUAAGGGUUGUUAAAAUUGAAGUCAGUCAUGACUCAUUACACUAAGAAAAAGAAACACUUAACACUUAGAGAUCCUUUUGGGGCUUGUUAAGGUCCUGUUUCAUUUAAUUAAACUACAGGGCCCCUGGUUCAUGAAAGGUAAUUGGGACUGUAUGAACAGUGUCCUGUAAGAAUCACAAUCGUCACUGCCCCUUGUGUCUCGUGUCCACUAAGCUUUCAAGUAGACAGCACACGAGGCCAGUGAAAGAAGUGAGGCUGGAAAGAGCCUACUUCCUCAUCUAGAACACUCCUCACUGACCCUGUAACGGGGUAAGGCUGUCUUUAGUGUGAUCUUGAUCUUCUUUCAUUCUCUUUCCUCUUUUUGAUUGGUGAGGUGUGAAGGGACAUUUUUGUCCUUGUUUGAUCAGAUGCCUCGCGUUAUUACUUGAAGGUGUGGAACCUUCAAGAUCUUUGUGUAAAUCCACUUCAUCGUUUCUUGUACCUUGUCUUCCAAUCUGUGUGAACUGGAGAACCUUCUUGACCGUUGAGGAGUAAGAAGAGAUCUGUCCAGGAUUGACACCCAAUUUUUAUAUUUUCCAUUGUCAUUCUAGGAAAUUUUUAUAAAAGUGUUCCCUUUUCUUCCUUUGACCCCACUCUUGAAAUACUUGCUAACUAAAACAAGAUAGAAAGAAUUCAUGGAAGAAAAUAAGACUGAUUAAAAUGGUAUUGAUUAAUAUUUCUUUUGGAUUACUUCCUCAGUUUUUAAAUGGUGUCUGAUGUCAAGAUUUGAACUGCACUGUCAAAUUUUCUCCAUUACAUUGAUUUCCCACUUUUUAAGUUUAUAUGUUUUGAGAGAGACAGAGACUGUGCAAGCAAGGGAGGGGCAGAGAGAAGGGAAGAAUCCUAAGAAGGCUCUACACUGUCCACAAGGAGCCUAAUGUGGGGUUCGAACCCAUGAAGCUGAGAUCAUGACCUGAGCCAAAAUCAAGUCUGACACUUAAUUGACUGAGCCUCCCAGGUGCCCCUCCCACUUUUUUUAUAUUUGGCUUGAACUUUAUUUUAUUUUAUUUUUUUUCUUAAUUUACAUCCAAAUUAGUUAGCAUAUAGUGCAACAAUGAUUUCAGGAGUAGAUUACUUAGUGCCCCUACCCAUUUAGCCCAUCCUCCCUCCCACAACCCCUCCAGUAACCCUCAGUUUGUUCUCCAUAUUUAUGAGUCUCUUACGUUUUGUCCCCCUCCCUGUUUUUAUAUUUUUGCUUCCCUUCCCUUUUGUUCAUCUAUUAUGUCUCUUAAAGUCCUCAUAUGAGUGAAGUCAUAGGAUAUUUGUCUUUGACUAAUUUCACUUAACAGA